AUGAACAACAAAACGAUCGCAAUGAGACAUAGCUACGGUCCCUUAAGAAGAAAACCCAGAAGUCACUAUAAGCUACCACAGCUGGUAGACUAUACAAAUUAUCCAACUCUGGCUAAAAAGGCUACAGAGUCCGAGGGAGUUAAAGAUGAUGGAAAUAUUCAACGAAGCUCGGAGCUUACCCAGGGAAUGCUUAAGAUUUUGAAUGACAGAUACGCUGAUCCUGGAAAGAUUGGAGCCAAAAAUUUGGUAGAUUGGUUUAUGACUAGGGGUGGUAAGGAACCAAGACGCAAGUACCAGGCUGAAGUGGUCAACCAUUUCUGUCACUCAAACGAGCUUCAAGAACUCCAGUCUAACAGCUCCAAUAUCUCAUCUAGAAAGUCAUGUCUUAUAGAUGAUAGAACGGUCAACGGCACCACAUCGACCUGCAAUGGCAAUCGGAAGCCACUGACCUCCCACGACUCGUGGAAAAGCUUUAUUAUGAACCCAGAUAGCCAUGCAUUGGUCAGUGUAAUGGCAACGGCUCCUGGGUAUCAAAGCAAUGCUUUGGUACACUUCCUAUACUCCUAUAUUGCUUUUCAGCCUUAUAUAAGAGUCUCAUCGAAACCACAAGGUCUCGUCACAUAUGAGCUCUCAUUCCAUUUGCCUUUCUACUCAUGGAAGCAGACCCAACAUGAGCCACGAGACAUACGGUUCAGACAAGAUAGUAGUCCCUUGAGAAAGGUUCAUAAUAUGAGCUGUCUUCAAGGCAAUUCUCCAACAGCCCCCAUGAUCGACUACCUUUGUCAAGCACAAAUUGCAGUGUGCAUUACGCCAAUGGAUGGUGGAAUCUGUACGGGCUACUGCUUUGUCGAUACAUACUUUCAACCAGAAGAUGAGAGGCAAUGCGUCGAGGAUUAUUGUGAUAGAGGCAUGCAGUUCGACCCUUUUACUACCGGAAAACACGAUGCUGAUAUGCCAAUCUUAAAUCCCGACGACUACUUCCUAAUGUCUCUUCAACACCAACUGGUGGUUUUCAAGGAUGAAUGGAUGAACACAGCAAAAAGAUUUAAAGAGAGAGUAGAAACAUAUGUAAUAAGUUCAAUGCUCGGGAUUUCGAGCAUAACUAAUUCUCGCGCAGGUCGACGAAUUUGA